AUGGAUUUAAUUAUUGGCGACCAAAAUAGUUUUAACUUUACGUGUGAAGAAUUAACAUGCUACGAAACAUGGUAUAAAAUAAUUCAGAACUUCAAUGAUAAAUAUUCUGGGGAGCUAGAAUUGAAUAAUGCUUAUGACAUCCCAAAAUUUGGAAUGGCUAUAGCACGGUUUUUAAAAACUUCAGGCAUUCCCAAGGAUAUUCUUCAUGAUAUAUGGCAAAUUGUUGAUGUUGAUAACAAAGGAACAUUGGGAUUUUCUGAGUUUGGAAAUGCGUGCAGAUUGGUUUCGUUUUAUCAACAUGAAAAACUUUUUCCAAGCCAACAAAUACUAUCAAAAAUUCCUUUAAAAAUUGCAUAUUUUAGCAUUUCAAAGUUUUGGGACGAAGUUGGGGAAGCUAAGGUGAAUGAGGUUAAUAAGGAGGAUUUAAGUGGUAUAAUAGAUUCAUACUUUUUAGAUAAAUCACAUAUUUCUGACUGCCUGAAAAUUUUUCAAGACUUGGAUAAAGAAAAAAAUGAAUUUUUGGAUGGAAUUACAAUUUUCAAAGUAUACAUAAGCUCAACUCUUGCUCAAAAAGAAUUGAAAAGGAUUUGGAAUUUCUCUGAUUUAGAUGAGGAUGGAAAACUUUCAGCUGCAGAAUUCAUAAUAUUCAACACUCUAGUUAAGGUUUCUAUAGAAAGAAACAUCAAUAUUAGUUCUGGGAUUUCUAAACAAAGUUUGUUACUUAUAAUAAAUCAAAUAAUAAAAAUGAAGAAAAAACAUAAAGAAAUAGAUUAUUGCAAUAUUUCCAAGCCCAAAGAAAGUAAAUUGACACAAUUUAAUUCUUUAGAAGAAGAGGAUAUCGAAAAAUUAAAAAGUGAAAUAGAGAGAUUAAAAGGCGAAAUUAAUGAUUUUAAAGAGGCUAAAGAUGUAAUGUCUUGUUAUAAAGAUAAUGACGAGCAACAAAUUAUUAAAUUAAACGAGAAAAAAAUAAUGUUGAUGGCAGAACAUAAAGAUCUUAUUCAAAAGUUGAACGAUAAAUACUCAGAAAUUAUAAAAAACAGGGAUUUAAUUAAUUACUUAUAUCAAGACAUUAAAUUCCUUAAAGAGACAAAUAGUGUAUUAUCUAAUUUUGAUCUUCCAAAAAUUAAAAACGUUAAAAAUGGGAAAAUAUACUCAGAUACGAAUAUUAACAAGAAAAUUCCGAAAAGUAAUACAAAUACAGGAAAUGUAGUAUUAGAAAAGUGCCAAAAUAGAAAGUAUAAUGAUUGGGUGGAAUUCCCUUCAAGGGACCCCAUUGAAAGAAAACCCUAA